GUCAGAGCUCGGAAGCGGCCAAGCUCUCGCGAGAUCCGGCCGGAGGGAGCGCUCGCGGGGUUCCUGUCCCCUGGCGACGGCGCUGAGAGCCGAGGCCGCAGGCCCGCCCCGCCCCGCCCGUAGGGAGCGCAGAAAUGGAUGUGCAUUCAGAAGAUGUAGAGCUCUAAUGUGAAGCCUGCGACAAAGUCAACAAUGGCAUCAGAACUUUGUAAAACGAUCUCUGAGGCAAAGCUGGAAAGGCACAAGAACUUGUUCUUAAAUUACCGAAAUCUGCAUAAUUUUCCUUUGGAAUUAUUGAAAGAUGAGGGUCUGCAGUACCUGGAGAGACUCUAUAUGAAAAGAAACUCCUUGACCACCCUGCCAGAAAACCUUGCACAGAAGCUUCCAAACCUCGUGGAAUUGUACCUUCAUUCAAAUAACAUAGUUGUUGUACCUGAAGCUAUUGGCUCCUUGGUUAAACUGCAGUUUCUGGACCUAAGUGACAACGCUCUUGAAAUUGUGUGCCCUGAGAUUGGCCGCCUGAGGUCUUUACGUCACCUUCGAUUAGCCAACAACCAACUGAAAUACUUACCUGCAGGUGAGGGGAUCAGAGCAGUGACAAAUGGAUCUGGCCUAAAACUAAAUUUGUACGUGUAUUUACGUUGUACACUUCAAUUCUGUGAUUUGAAAAAAAGGCUGAUGCAAGUAAAUUUUAGAGCAGAAUGGGCAGGGGGACUGUUAUCCUCAGUUUUAUAUAGUGCCAAACAUACUCUGUGUUUAACAAAUAAAAAGUCGUAAUUUUCCCAGUAGCAUGCUAUUUCUGAUGGUGGACUUUGGAUAGAAAAAUGUCCGAAGGAUUCUUUUUUCAUAUGGAUCGUCUAUGAUAUUCUUUGCUAUUGUAUCAAUAAUAUUUCAAGCUUCUUGAAGGAGACAUAAAACGCUAACAACAAACGUCGCAUUGACAAAAUGACCUUAAUUCCUAUUUUACAGAAUUUAAAGGAUUAAAGUCUUCUCUUACUCUUAUGUCGCAACUGUCCCGUGUCUAUGGUCCCUAAAGAGACACUACUCAUGUAGCUUUGCCUGUAGUUUAUUUACCUCACUGUGGCAAUAGAUGACAAAUGUUGAUCUAACCGCUUAUUAAAAAAAGCAAGUACAUCACUUCCUCAAUAUAACGCCACCCGAUAUAACACGAAUUUGGAUAUAACGCGUUAGAGCAGUGCUCCAGGGAGGCGGGGCUGCACACUCGGGUGGAUCAAAGCAAGUUCAAUAUAACACGGACUCACCUAUAAUGUGGUAAGAUUUUUUGGCUCCCAAGGACAGCGUUAUAUCGAGGUAGAGGUGUAUUGUCCAAAAGAAAUCUGACACACCAUUAGAAAAAGAUUGACCCUUGGCAUUUUUUCAACGGCUUUAUUUUGUUUCUUGCUUAUCAAAGCAUUUAAAAGUAACUUUCCCCCAAAUGAAGCUGUUUGCUUGUCAGGUUGUUUUUUAAAACCUUGGUUUGUUUUUUACUGUGUUUUGAUCUGUGCAGAAGAUAGCGUCUAAGGUCAGCAUUUCAAAAAAUGAUUUACUUAAUCUAACAGGAUUAACUUUUGGCUGGAAUUUUAACUAAAUUUUGAACAUGUCCUUCAUGUGUUUGCAAAACACAAAUUUUGCAUUCUUUAGGAAGAUGCUAUAGCUGUUUCUUAAAGCUUUGAGCACAGAAAUUGAGCUGUCCUUUGCCUCUGUUUUUUAAGCUGU